GUUUUCCUUGUUUUUAUUUCACUUAAGAAACGUGUCAAGUCACUAAAACCCACACGACCUCCCCCAUCAUGUACUUGCCUAGUAUGGGUACAGCCCCUUUUUUUAAGGUGACAGUGUUUGAGCAGGAGCAUUUUCAGGGAAAGUGUCAGGAGUUCACAUCUGAGUGCUGCAACAUCCACGACUGCAGCUUGGACAACAUUCGCUCCAUCCGAGUGGAGAGUGGAGCUUGGGUGGGUUUCGAGCAUCAUGACUUCCAAGGGCAGCAGUUCAUUCUGGAGAGGGGCGAGUACCCAAACUGGGAAGCCUGCAGUGGCUCCCUGUCUUACCACAUCGAGCGCUUCAUGUCCCUUCGGCCCAUACACUGUGCUUCUCACAACAAUAGCCGCAUGAAGAUCUUUGAGAAAGAGAACUUCAUUGGCCGCAGCACAGAGCUGUGUGACGACUACCCCUCCCUGGUGGCCAUGGGCUGGAUCAAGCCCGAGGUGGGCUCCAUGCACGUGCAGUGUGGAGCAUUUGUGUGCUAUGAGUACCCGGGCUACAGAGGCCAGCAGUACAUCAUGGAGAGUGAAAGACAUAGUGGAGACUACCAGCACUGGAAGACCUGGGGUUCCCACUGCCAGACUCCAAAGAUCCAGUCCAUCAGACGUAUCAGGCACUGAGAGAAACAGCUCUGCUAACUGAAAUGGCUCAGGCUGAUACCUUGAUGCUGUACAUAGGGUGCCUGAAAAUGAGCCACAUCAUCCAGGAUGAGGCAUCAUCUGUCAGGGCCAAAAAAAAACCUACAACAUCAAACCAUGUGAUGUAGCAUCUACCUCCUUAUCCCAGCUCAUAGUCAGAUUUCUGUUCAAACUCAUUUUGUCUCAGUCAAAGUGAAAUAAAGUGAAGAUUGAGAACCCAAGAA